AUCUCUCAUCACAAGACAAUUAUUAUUAUCAUAUCUGAAUUUUGUCGUUUCAAUCGUUCGUUUUUUUAUCGUUUUUAUUACUUCAAUUGUUGGUGUUUAGAUCAUUGAUUGUGAUGGGGAAGGUGACGGUUGCAGUGGCGGUGAUCGGAGGCGCAGCGACGUGUGCUACAGCGGCGUUGGUUGUGCGACACCGGAUGCAGAUAUCAAAACAAUGUGUGAAAUCCGCUGAUAUUCUCAAGGAAUUGGAGGAAAAAUGCGCGACUCCUACAUCGAAACUGAGGCAGAUUGCUGAUGCUAUGACGGCUGAGAUGCACGCUGGACUUGCUUCUGAAGGUGGUAGUAAGCUUAAGAUGCGUGUCAGCUACGUUGAUAAUCUUCCCACAGGGUAAUUGAUUGGUUUUUGUGGAGAUUUUUUUGAAAUUUGGUUAUUUUGUGGUGAUUUAAAGCCUUUUGAUUAUGAAUUAUGAUUUUGUUUGUGA